AUGAGGAGUGAUCAACGUCGUUUACUUCCGGCGACAACAGAGGCGACGCCCGUGGAGGGCGCGGCGACAGAAAGCCGCUUCGGCGAGCCGUUCGCUGGGCACGCGCGAGCCCCGCCGCCAGUCGCGGCGCGUUGUCGUGUUUCUGUCUCUGUUGGACAGCUCCUGAGGAAGCCUCUGCUUCGCCGCGUUUUCUGUUCACGACUUCAGAGGUGCCUCACUCUAGGAGCUAAACUCGAGGUCGAUCCAGCGCGCCGUCUCCUGGGCCUGGACGUUCUCAGCAACCGCUGGUAG